AACGGCACUCGGUCCACCAGUCGGCCAGGAGAUCGCGCCACGAGGCGAGCCACUUUUAGAUUGAUUUUCAAGAGCACCGCCAGCACGGGGCCAGCGCUCCGCGUUUAUUUUAACGCGCCCAGAGACACAUAGAGCGAGAGAGAAAGAGAGAGAGAGGGGGAGAGAGAGAGAGAAGCGGUUAUAGGGAACGGGCUCCGCGCGCGCUCGGCCGUACAGGCGUUUCAGGCUGAUUGGGAUAGUGCGAGGGAGCGACGACGUGACGACGACGUGGUGAGAGGUUCGGCAAGUCGCGAACGGGCGAAGAGCGCCUCUCUUCCGCGGCCGACGCAAGACCGGUCACCAAGACGGUACCGUCGUAUUUUUCGAUCGUGCCCCGUCCCGUUCGCGAAGCGCGCACUAUACCGCGCGUUAACAUACACGUUAACCGAAAGCACGCCGACGACAACUCUGCUCCGGCUGCGGGCGCGUGGUGGCCGUGUCGCGAGGAAACACCGAGGAGACACCGCGCGCGGUGACAUAUAAUCCCUCCCGGAGUCCUCCACGUUUCUUCCUCUCUCUCUCUCUCUGGUCGUCGCACACGGUAACGUCGCCGUCGGUACGUUCUUUCGUGCGUCCCGUCCGCCUGGGCUUUCCGCUCCGCUCCGCGUCGUGCCGCGCCGCGCCGCACCGCGCCGAUCCGCCCCGCGGUCCGCUCCGUCCCGUGCCUUCUCCUCUAAUCUAUCUGUACUACUCGUGCGCGGUGUGUGCCAUCGAGUGUGUCUCCGCGUGUGCGCUGCGGCUGCGGUAGGCCCGAGGUGUACGCUUGUAGGCUUCGUGGCGCAGUGCGUGAAAUGAGUGACAAGGACCGCUCCUCUCCCACCCUCGUCGAAAACAGUCUCAAGUCGCUGCUCGACCAGCCCAGCAUAUUCCCGCUGAUCGGUGACCCCAUGAUAACAUCCUCUCUGAAGGGGAAACAAGGUAAAGAUGGGCCAGAGGAGAAGAAGGAUGCCGACGGCGAACUUUGGGGCAACGUGGAAGCGCAGGCCGCUUUUCUGGGGCCCAAUCUCUGGGACAAAACUCUGCCUUACGAUGCCGACCUGAAGGUAUUAAACCAUUACGUCGAUCUUGAUGAGUUUCUUUCCGAAAAUGGCAUCCCCGUCGACGGUGUGGCCGGCGGUGGACAAGGCGCCAUGCAAGGUAGCCAGCUUCAUAAAAUCAACAACACCGAGGCCGCCGGACACCAGGGACCAGCGGGUCUACACUUGGAACCAGUUACCAAGCGCGAGAGAUCACCGUCGCCGAGCGAAUGCUGCUCGCCGGACACCCUGAACCCACCCUCUCCCGCGGAUUCUAAUUCCGAGGACUCGACACGAAUACAAUAUGGCUUGUCUCUUGUAGCGCUCUCGAUGGCCUCAUCGGGGCGAGACUUCGAUCCACGUACCCGGGCCUUCUCUGACGAGGAGCUCAAACCCCAACCUAUGAUCAAGAAAUCGCGGAAGCAGUUCGUUCCGGAUGACUUGAAGGAUGACAAAUACUGGGCGCGUCGUAGGAAGAACAACAUGGCAGCGAAACGAUCGCGAGACGCGCGUCGCAUGAAGGAGAACCAGAUAGCACUCAGGGCCGGCUUCCUCGAGAAAGAGAACAUGGGUCUGCGGCAGGAGCUGGACCGGUUAAAAAACGAGAACAUGUUGCUACGCGACAAAUUGAGCAAGUACACGGACGUUUAACACCCCCGUCGUCGGCACCAUGCACCAGCUCGAGCGACACGCAAAGAGAGAGAGAGACGCGGACACGAGGGUGCAAUCGCGCACCCAGCAGCAACAACAACAACAACUCCCUCGCUUACAGUCGCAGCACAUAGCAGCCUUCGCCUCCGCGAUGGGAAGCGAAGGGGAUGCGGAGAGAGCAUGUUGACGAAAUACCACCAACUCCCGUACCGACUGCCGCCGCCCUAAAAAAAAAAGAAGCCGACACACAACCAACUUUCUCAGAAAAUCUCCAGAAGAUCCUAUUCUCUAUCAUUCUCUCUUUCUCUCUUUCCCUUACUCUCGAAUAAAAUUCUUAUUGAGUCCUCGCUCCUUGUCCUGCUCUAGAAAACUCCACUUGUAAAUAGUUAUAUGUAUAGUUAGAUUAUAUACACAACAUACACACGCGCGUGCGCGUUACACAUAUGAAUAUACAUAUAUACAUAAAAACAUAUAUAUAUAUGUGUGUGUGUAUAUGUAUAUAUAAAAUAUACACAAUAUACAUGAGUAUGCGUUUGAGGAAGGAGAUGCGUUCGUUACACGUAAAAUAAAUCUGCGCAUGCAGCGCACGACGAGACACGUCGAUUUUCGCCAGCAUUCGAGUCAUCUCAGAUUUACCCAGCGAGCCAUACAUUUACGACGGGAUUGAAUUAUCACGAGGGAUAAGCUUACGUAUGUAGAAGAGAGACAUAAGAUUCUUGAAAUCGUACUUUUACGGCGAAGGAAAGACGAAUCUCGUCGGCGCUGAGCACUGCCACACACGUAAAGAGCUAUUAUCGUUAGGUCGACAUGGAGCGGAGGCGAGAAUGAUAGUUAGGAGAACACGACGCUUUUCUGCGCACGGGUUCAAUUAUCCUGGUUCUCCGAGAAUGCGUUAAUUACUGUAGCGUAUCCCACGUGGUGAUGGUACACAAGUGAUUCUAGUUGUUUUAAUCGUAAGAUAGAUGAUACGUGUUUUCGUUUUCAUCGUUUCUUUUCUCUCUCUUUCUAUCUUUCUCUUCUAUAUCUAUCUAUCUAUCUCUAUAUCUACCUAUCUCUCUAUCUCAAUUUUAGCGUGUAUAGCGAAAUUAAUCCGGCCACGCGAGGAGUGCACUUGUGGAGUGCGCGGAAGGCGUCGCGACGCGACUCUAUCCCUUUUCUUCUUUCGUAAAUAUUCGCCCGCGCUGGCGGCGCUCGGGGCACGAACGACGGACGGGCCCAUCCCGAGAUAUCACAUUUGUUGCGUAGCGAACAAACCCUUUUGUACAGGACACCCUCUUGUUAAAAUCUAUUUUAAGACGCAUUCGUGUCAUUCUGACGAGCGAACGGUUACGAGCGCUGCGUCGCUCUUUGACGGGGGGGUUUUUAUCAACAAAAAAAAAAACAAAAAACAAAAAAACAGCGGAACUUGAGACAAAACAAAAGACGUUACCGUGUCCGACGAUCGGAUCGCGUGGCCUCCCAGUACAGAUAGGUGCGCGUGCAUCGUCGGGGGGUUAAUCGUAGGCGUCGGCGUAAGAGUAAAAAAAAUAUUGUUACAUGUACACGACACGAAGAUACGACCAUCGUGCUUAAAUGUAAAGCUAGCUGCACAGGCUCGCGUGCACUGGCCUCAUCUCCCCCUCCCCCUUUACCUUCUUUUUAAGUUUUUAGAUGUUUAUUUUUCCAUCACCGUGAGAAUCGGUGACGGCGAUCGAGAGAGCGAAAGUGGAACCGAUGAGAGGAGAUAUGCGCUUUUUAUGAAAUAGCUAUAAAAUUUAUAGCUGUAGAGAGAGAGAAUCUAUAUUGUACAGAUCAACGCGAGAUUGAAACGACACCUAAACGUAGAGCGAUUCACGCUCGUUGCAAAAAUUUAGUGACAAUAAUAGUGACCGAUGUACCGUGCGUUUUUUCAACAGCGUGGGCGAGUAACCAAAAUGACGAGCGAGACUUGUAAUCGCCACACGAUUUUUAAAAAGUGAUUGUACAGACGCCAGGGCGAAGCAACUCUUUUACUUUCGUUCGAGAUUCGCGUACCGACGAUACGUAAUUAGUCUGGUUUUUUUUUUUUCAACACGAGAGAGGCACUCGAUGCGCAAACGCGAAACACCGACGCGUUCUAUACACACGACGUCGUUUUAUCGGCCGAGAGGAUAAGAGAAUCGAGGUAACUUUCAAUUCAACCUCGCGUUUUGAUCGACGGCAAAUCCGGCUUUAAAACGCGGGACAAUUUCGUCGAAAACAUACCGUUUUAUCCUCGCGAUAUCCUUCGAACCUUUCGAGCGUGUUGUACAUCCACUUACUGCGUUAAUUAUUUUCCAUACGCGUUUCUUAUAUACGAAUAAAAUUGAAUACGUAAUUAUAAUUUCGUCGAAUUCGUAGAACCUUUUUUUUUUUUUGCGAACACAGGCCACUGUAUGUUGAUGCGCGAGUACAAUGAUCCGAAUGUUCGCGGUGUCUCAUACUUGUUUAAGUGAUUUGCCGAAAGUCGCGCACGAAAUCGUCCGAUUACAGUCCUUCACGAUUGCCUUGCACAUUCUAACGGAAAAAUACUGCGUUAUAACAACGGAGAAUUCCGCGUGAUGAAUUAUUAAAUCGAUUUCUUGCGUCGGCAGAUUUAGCGAACGUCUUCGCCCAAUUGUAUCGCCCAAUAUGCAACCUUGGCCAUAAGUAUGAAGCACAAAUUGACGUAAACGUUCUAUAUCCAAGAAAAAAAUAAAUUACAAAAUAGUUUUAUUGACAAAUAAUAUUUAUUUUUAUAACAAUGUUAAUAUUUCGUUAGUCAUCCUUUGGCUUUUCUUACUUUAGCUUUUAAAAAGAAAAAAAUGCGACAAAUUGGGGAUACUUAUGAUCAAGACUGUUGUAAUUUUAGUAGCGGCACAAAAUUUUAUUUUUCGAAAAUAAAUCAUAUCGUAUGUUAUCUGAAAACAGCUACUGCAUGGCUUGUUAUCUCGACGCAACUGAAUUGAACGGAAAAAGGUAGCGUGGUACUGCGAAAAAAGCGUAAUAGCGGGAAAAACAGAAUUUCGCGUUUGAUUGUAUACGAAGUUUCUCACGUCAUGUUUUUUAAGAGUAUAAUGUAGACUGCAAGGAAGUUUUUCAGUUUAUCUGCAAAUAUCUAUUUGAAGUUUUAACACGAGCCAAUAGCCAGCUCGCGUAUGCGUGUUGCUUGUCACGCACACUCGCCGUCAUUAAAGGCAACGCAAAAUUUUAUAGAUUUUAGAUAAGGAAAAUGAUUUUUUUUUUUAAUUUUUACAAUUUAUUCGUGAAUUUGACACGAAUUCUAAAUACCAAAAAUGACUUCGAAUCAUAGAGAAUGUUUUUGCCAAAAUUUCCAUCGCUCGUAUUAGCGAUAGAAAUACUUGAAUUGAUCUCUUUCUCGAUUUUUUUUUUUUCAACGUUGUUAAUGAUGUUGAGUGUGCGGUAUGACGUGGAUCUCGGCACAAGUUAUUGGCCUAUAAGAAGCGCGUUAGCAUGAUUGACACACACAUCGCAAUUCGAUAAAAUAAAAAUAGUAAUAAAUAAAAUAGUAGAGAGUUAUAUAGCAGCGCGAGAGACAGACGCGGCCGCCGGCUUUGCUCCAAAUAGAACGGUAAGAAAAUGAGAUAGAGGACACCGCCGCGUCUUCGUUAAAUAAUCGUCCGAUCCACUUAAAUAAAACAUGAGAAACAUGAGAAAAAUUAGAUAUGACCACCAACACGAGAAAACCUCUAUUGUAUCACAUUUCGAGAAAUAUAUGUAUUUGUUAUUGUUUUAAUUGAA